ACGCCUGCGCUGGCUUCUCCGACCACCUGCAUCUUUUGCCCUCCAACCCCUCUGUAUCCGCCCACGCACAACAUGCGCUUGUUGUCGAGGUAGCCAUACGCCCAGUGCUGCCAUAACAGCCGCCACGCAACCAUGGUGGAACUCUCGGGAGGCGCGAGCGUUGCUCUGGGAGUAAUGGUCGGCCUCGCCUCCACCAGUAUUCAGAGUGUUGGCCUCACGCUGCAGAGAAAGUCGCAUCUCCUCGAGGAAGAGAAAGACGACGACGACGAUAGACGGCCACCCUACAAGCGACGAAGAUGGCAGCUGGGCAUGCUCAUGUUCGUCGUGGCCAACAUUGUCGGCAGCACCAUUCAGAUCACCACACUCCCUCUCCCCGUCCUAUCCACUCUCCAGGCGUCCGGCCUCGUCUUCAACUCGAUAUGCGCCUCCAUCAUCCUCAGCGAACCCUUUACCCAAUAUUCCUUGAUCGGCACAAUGCUCGUCGCAAUCGGCGCAUUGCUAAUCGCUCUCUUUGGCGCCAUCGCCGAGCCGUCGCAUAAUCUAGAUCAACUACUGGUACUGUUGGGACGGAAGCACUUUCUCGUGUGGAUGAUCAUGACGGGUGUUGCAGUAGUCCUCUUGCUUUUCGCUACCUGGCUGCUAAAACACAUGUACCCUCGCACCACUCCCCGAUUACGCCUGGUCCGCGGCAUGUUCUUUGGUUGCAUCAGUGGCAUACUUUCUGCCCAUUCGCUCCUUAUCGCCAAAAGCGCCGUCGAGUUGCUAGUACGGACCAUUGUCGAUCGCCACAACGAGUUCAACCGCUGGCAAUCGUGGAUGAUUCUGAUUGGAUUGGUCGUCUUCGCCUUGACCCAGCUAUACUACAUGCACUGUGGACUGAAGCUUUGCAGCACAAGUGUCCUCUAUCCUUUGGUAUUCUGUAUAUACAACAUCAUUGCCAUCAUAGACGGCUUGAUUUAUUUUAACCAGGGUGAUAGGCUGUCGAGUCUACAUGCCGGUCUCAUCGCGCUCGGGACUGUGAUUCUUUUGGCUGGUGUUGUCUGCUUGAGCUGGCGACUUGAAGACAAUGAGGAAGAACCCACAUCACCAGUGGCGAGCAAGCACGGCAGGGUUCAAUUACCUCAGACGGCCCUUCAACCUGGCCUUGGCCUCGCGCAUAGCCACAGUGUGGACGAACCGGCAUCACCAUUGGAUCGUGACGAGGAAGCGUCAGCUGGCCAGAAGCCCCUCGACGAAAGAACACCACUGUUAGCCAAAACACCCAGGGGUUCUGCAUUGAGUUUGGUCAACGCGAAGAAGCGAGCGAUGGAAGCGGGCGGGCAAAAGAGCCCACAACUAAACACACCCCGCAAAUCUUCGAGACGACGAAGGAUGACUCUGACCCUCUCGGAGGAAACGAACGAGAUUUGGGACGAGCUCAACGAUAGAGAGACUCUACCCUCGCCUGCCAGACAAUCUGUAGAUCUGGAACGAAGACCACGAUCCGGAACAUUACCACCACGAAGAAACAACGCCCAAUCUGCCUGGCUCAACCACAUGCGUCGACGAUCCUGGUUCGAAGGACUCGGAAGCCGACAAGGCAGAAGUGUCUCACAAGGGAAACUGCCCGCCGACAGCAGCCCAUUACUCCUCAACCACCCCGAUCCCGAUGACGGCGACACCUCCGAUGCAGACAUUAUGGAAUCUUCGUCGCGAAGAAAUACAUGGGGAUACGGCAGCGGCCAGGCAGACAAAAGCCAAGAAGCACUUGGCGACUGGUUCAAGCUGAAAUGGUGGCGCAAGAAAUGGAGAGAAGACGAGGAGCAUGAUGGACGAGAUGAAGAUGAUCAGGAACGACGGACAUGAUAUUUCAACCUGCAUUACUCCCAGCGGAUUGGGGUUUCCUUUUUGUUUCGCUCUCCUAGCAAUUUGAAUUAUACCACAAAGACUUAGAAUGUAAUACCCCAUUGUUCUGAUAUGAUUUAGUCGAUUCUACCACAUACAGUGUGGAGAAUAAAGAAAGAAAAUAUUUACUAAACACCCCAAAA